AUGUUUUCUUUAAUAGAUUUAAUUUUCUAUUUUUUUGCAGUCCUAGUUAUUUUAUAUUGUAAACUUUCAACCAAUAAUAAUGACCAACAAACCCAACAAACCCAACAAACCCAACAACAACAACCACAACAAACCCAACCACAACAACCACAACACACCCCAACAACCCAUUAUAGUUUAGUUGAGGAUAUAGAUGAAAUAAUCAAACAACAACAACAAUAA